GGGGGGGGGGGGGGGGGGGGGGGUGGGGGGGGGGGGGGGGGGGGGGGGGGGGGGGGGGGGGGGGGGGGGGGGGGGGGGGGGGGGGGGGGGGGGGGGGGGGGGGGGGGGGGGGGGGGGGGGGGGGGGGGGGGGGGGGGGGGGGGGGGGGGGGGGGGGGGGGGGGGGGGGGGGGUGGGGGGGGGGGGGGGGGGGGGGGGGGGGGGGGGGGGGGGGGGGGGGGGGGGGGGGGGGGGGGGGGGGGGGGGGGGGGGGGGUGGGGGGGGGGGGGGGGGGGGGGGGGGGGGGGGGGGGGGGGGUGGGGGGGGGGGGGGGGGGGGGGGGGGUGGGGGGGGGGGGGGGGGGGGGGGGGUGGGGGGGGGGGGGGGGGGGGGGGGGGGGGGGGGGGGGGGUGGGGGGGGGGGGGGGGGGGGGGGGGGGGGGGGGGGGGGGGGGGGGGGGGGGGGGUGGGGGGGGGGGGGGGGGGGGGGGGGGGGGGUGGGGGGGGGGGGGGGGGGGGGGGGGGGGGGGGGGGGGGGGGGGGGGGGGGGGGGGGGGGGGGGGGGGGGGGGGGGGGGGGGGGGGGGGGGGGGGGGGGGGGGGGGGGGGGUGGGGGGGGGGGGGGGGGGGGGGGGGGGUGGGGGGGGGGGGGGGGGGGGGGGGGGGGGGGGGGGGGGGGGUGGGGGGGGGGGGGGGGGGGGGGGGGGGGUGGGGGGGGGGGGGGGGGGGGGGGGGGGGGGGGGGGGGGGGGGGGGGGGGGGGGGGGGGGGGGGGGGGGGGGGGGGGGGGGGGUGGGGGGGGGGGGGGGGGGGGGGGGGGGGGGGGGGGGGGGGGGGGGGGGGGGGGGGGGGGGGGGGGGGGGGGGGGGGGGGGGGGGGGGGGGGGGGGGGGGGGGGGGGGGGGGGUGGGGGGGGGGGGGGGGGGGGGGGGGGGGGGGGUGGGGGGGGGGGGGGGGGGGGGGGGGGGGGGGGGGGGGGGGGGGGGGGGGGGGGGGAGGGGGGGGGGGGGGGGGGGGGGGGGGGGGGGGGGGGGGGGGGGGGGGGGGGGGGGGGGGGGGGGGGGGGGGGGGGGGGGGGGGGGGGGGGGGGGGGGGGGGGGGGGGUGGGGGGGGGGGGGGGGGGGGGGGGGGGGGGGGGGGGGGGGGGGGGGGGGGGGGGGGGGGGGGGGGGUGGGGGGGGGGGGGGGGGGGGGGGGGGUGGGGGGGGGGGGGGGGGGGGGGGGGGGGGGGGGGGUGGGGGGGGGGGGGGGGGGGGUGGGGGGGGGGGGGGGGGGGGGGGGGGGGGGUGGGGGGGGGGGGGGGGGGGGGGGGGGGGGUGGGGGGGGGGGGGGGGGGGGGGGGGGGGGGGGGGGGGGGGGGGGGGGGGGGGGGGGGGGGGGGGGGCUCUAA